AUGGAAGGUCCGCCACCACGAGAUCCCUCGACUCUAGACGGCGGUGCUCCAGCCCCCGCCGCUGCGCCACCACCUACCUUCCCCAUACGGACUGCCAGCCCCAGCCAUCGUACUUCAGCCAGUAUCACUAAUCGCCAUGCCGUCGCUACCAACCCAACCAUCACCCCGCGGCAGCCUGGAGGUCAUCAACUAUUGUCUGCGAGCCAUAUGAAUCAGCCGGCCCGUUCCAUAGCUCCCCCGCAAACGCAUCCUGUUACACCUUCUGCACCCGCUCAGCCAGCCCCACCACCACAGCCCCAGAAUGACCUCUUUACAUUGGAUUUCCACGCACCUUCCCCCACGGCUACCUCGUCAGGCCAGUCCGCGCAGCCUAAGAAAGACGUAAAAUCCGAUAUCCUGUCGUUAUUUUCUAGCCCCGCAGCGCCUGCCGCUACUCCUGCAUUUAAUCCACAAGCUACGUCGUCGUUCACUCCGUCACCUUGGGGGACUCCUCAACAGCAACAACAGCCAGUCGCACAACAACCAGGUUUCGUACAAACCACAAGCAUGAUGGGGUCGAACGGGGCCGGAAUGUGGGGCGUGAACUCUGGAUGGGCUGCCCCAGCUGCCCCAUCUCAGAACAAUCUCUGGGGAAAUCCUGGCCCGGCACCCGCGCAAACAGGGUUCGCUGUGAAUCCCCUCGCCAAUACCAACAAUGUCUGGGCUGGUUCUGCCGCUCCAAACCCCGGUGGAGAUUUAUUCAGUACCCCCUUCGCGUCGACCACGACGAAUACCCAAAAGAAGGAUGAUGUAUUUGGCGAUCUCUGGGGUGGGUUCAAGUAA